AUGGCGGCCUUAUCGAAAGCGAUCGCCAAGAACAUAUUGUUCUCUCACCUGGACGAGAACGAACGGUCGGACAUAUUCGACGCAAUGUUCCAGGUCACGUUUCUACAGGGCGAAUCUAUUAUUCAACAGGGUGACGAGGGAGACAAUUUUUACGUAAUCGAUGUUGGCGAAGUCGAGGUGUAUGUAAAUUCGGAACUGGUGACGGUGAUCGGCGAAGGCGGGAGUUUUGGAGAGCUGGCUUUGAUCCACGGUACACCGAGGGCUGCCACGGUUCGUGCUAAGACUGACAUGAAGCUCUGGGGCUUAGAUCGAGACAGUUACAGGAGGAUACUUAUGGGGUCGACGAUCCGGAAGAGGAAAAUGUACGAAGAAUUCUUAUCACGCGUCUCUAUUCUAGGUAAGCGCACUCAGUACACUCUGGCCGCUAUGUAUAUAAUUACGGCAUUAAAUGAAACCACUUGA